AACUCUUAGUGCCGCUGUUGGUCAAUAUGUGAGUUUAAAGAGCAGAUCUGCUGCAGUUCCACCCCCAUCAUCUCCAUAUUAUUAGAGAGAGACAGAAGCUGAGAGCACAGUCUGAGAAGAAGAGAGAAGACAACCAAGGAUUUACUAUAUUUAUAAUCCUUUUUUCUGGAAUUAUAUACCCUUUUGUUAGUUCUUGUCACUUUGGAUAUAUACAUCAUUUCCUCCAGCUUAUUGGAUUGAUUUAUUUGUUUUCUGCUUGAAUCUUCAAUCCGUGGUCUUCUGUAAAAUGUCGGACAGAACAAUGGAGCGGCAAGUACUGCUGUUUAUUUGGUUUCUCUCUCUCAGCUCGGCUCUCGGGCAGGUCAGUUACUCCAUUCCUGAGGAAAUGGCGAAAGGCUCUUUAGUCGGAAACAUAGCGCAGGAUUUGGGUUUAGAUUUAAAGAGACUGAAAUCGGGUAAAGCGCGUAUUUAUACAGGAGACAUCGCUGAAUACAUCGAGCUGAAUAAAGAAAGAGGAGUCCUCCUUAUCAAAGAGAGAAUAGACCGAGAGGCGCUAUGCGGACAGACAACGCCUUGCGCGCUACAUUUACAGAUUACCUUGGAAAAUCCUAUGGAGUUUUAUAGUGUAACAAUUGAGAUUGUAGACGUAAAUGACAACUCUCCCGUUUUUGCAGUUAAAGAGAUUAAAUUUGAUAUAAGUGAAUCAUCUCUGACAGGAGCUAAAUUUGUUUUAGAGACAGCCGUGGAUGAUGACGUUGGCCUUAACGGCGUACAGAGUUAUUUUUUACAUCCCGCCGAUCAUUUUAUUCUAAAGACUCAAGAUAUGCCGGAUGGUAGCAAAAAUGUUGAAAUGAUUCUACAAAAACCUUUAGAUCGAGAAAAACAAGAACACAUUUCACUUUUACUUACUGCUGUGGACGGGGGAAACCCACAAAUGUCUGGAACAAUUCCGAUUGUAAUCACAAUUGAGGACGCAAAUGAUAACGCACCAGUUUGCUAUCUGCCUGUUUAUAAGACCAGCGUUGCAGAAAACUCUCCAAAGGGUACCAUUUUAACUGCAGUUCAAGCAUCAGAUGCUGACCAGGGACAGAAUGGUAAAAUAGAGUAUCAUAUUUCGAAAUCUUCUGGUGGCGCCACUAACCUCUUUGAAAUAGACAGAGAUGAAGGAGUGUUAAGGUUAUCUGGCGAUACUGACUAUGAACGAAUUAAACAUUAUCAAAUUGACGUUCAGGCGAGAGACCCCGGACGUCACUCGGACACAUGCAAAGUCAUUGUUGAUGUAAUUGAUGUGAAUGACAACAAACCAGUAAUUAAUAUAAUGUCAAAAUCAAACACUCUUUCCGAGGAUUCAAAACCAGGCACCGCUGUGACUAUGCUGAAUGUUCAAGACUCAGAUUCUGGUGAAAAUGGAAAGGUUCAGUGCUCCAUUAAUGAUAAUAUACCUUUUAAGCUGAAGUCAACAAACAACAAAUUCUUCAGUUUAGUCACAGAUGGUGAUUUAGACCGAGAGCGCGAGUCUGAGUAUAACAUCAGUGUGACGUGCACGGAUGAGGGCGUGCCCUCUCUCUCCAGCAGCGUCACUCUCUCCUUACAGAUAUCAGAUGUGAAUGAUAACGCGCCUGUCUUUAGAACCACUGACUCCAGAAAGAGUGAUCUGAAAUACAUCAGACCUUGUAGUGAGAGCAUCAUUAGUCUGGACAGCAGCGGAACACAGACACUCACGCAUGCGCAAAGGGAGAGACUGAACUUUGACGAUUGUGACGAUCAGUAUCGCUGA